AUGAGACUCGACGGACCAGUCAAUGCAGGUAUCCACUGUUAGGAGGAAGGCUUUACAGAAGGGGGACCCUGAUGGCAUAUGCCAUAGACCAUUACGUACCUUAGGUACCUAUGUGCCUGAAUCAAGUCUUCAGCGGGCUGUUUUUUGUAACUGUUGGACCCUGAAUAUGAGAGCAGAUGGGUUUGAUUGAGGUGAAGAAUAUGUGAAGAGCUAUAGAGGACAAGCGACGUCUAAAUAUACAAAGACACAAUAUUGGAUAGCAAUUAAGCAGGCAUAACUGAUUGAAUUCAAGUAUCGCGUGUCAGUCAGUGUCUUAAUUCUGUCUCGUUGAUGCCCGUUCUCCUCGUCCAUUUGCACCAUUUGCUCUAGUACACGUGUAGCCCGCGCCGCUCAAGAUUGGCCGAUUUUACCGUCUUCCUCAACUUCAACAAUGGAUCACCAGGCGCCUCAGCGUGAGCACACGACAACGUGGGGGAGGGGGCAUCCACUGAAGAUACCGGGAACAGGUACUGUUCGUUAAUUUUGUCACUAUUUCGACUCCUGGAAUUCGAGUAUUUUAAACUCAAUGCUUCCCCUUUCCACUGUCGCUGUGAUAUUCUAUGCCAUCAGCCAGGGCAGUCUUGGCACUCUACCUACCUACCUUACACCGAGCAGUGGAUCCUCAUCGACGUAUUGAUUGAUCAUAGCUCAGGUAGGCUGGUUCUGUGGAAAUUAGUCUAUUAACGCCCUUUUCUUCUCCAUCAUCGUCCUUUUCUUUGUAUCAAGUAUUUUAUAAAGAUAUUAUCUUCAGUCAUACGCCCAUCACUAACGCGUCAGCCAGAAUCAGAGCGUGUCUUUGUGGCUUGGACAGGAUCUUACCCCUUGAAAGCUGCUACCUUGCAAGAUUGACUCUGGAAUGACCUCACACCUUCAAUAAUUUCAUACCUGGACCUGGUAUCUUACUUCAGCAUCACUUCUUCACCUGGCCAUCACCAAAAUUCGACUGCUACACCGAACAUAAACGGAAUACAUAUCAAAUACAGAGUACAAUCUAAAACGGAUAAAAUGGCACUCUCAGGCGCCCGACUGCUCGUGGCAGCCGCCCUACUACUCCCUAGCGUCUCUUGUUCACCAAUUUUCGAGGCUGGCCAAAAAGUUCUCGAUUCAAUUACAUGGACAAGCGAUUCUACAGAGACACCGCAUAUCCGACAAUCGGGUCGCAAACUGAAUGGAAAAUUCCUGCAUAUAACAGAUUUUCACCCUGACGAAUUCUACAAAGCACAUUCAUCAACAGCCCAGGGCGUCGCAUGCCACCGCGGCAAGGGCCCUGCAGGUCUAUAUGGCGCCGAAACUACCGACUGCGACUCUCCCGUGGACCUCGUCGACGCGACGUUGGAAUGGGUACGGAAGAAUGUCAAGGAUGAUAUCGACUUUGUUGUAUGGACCGGUGACACCGCGCGCCACGAUAGCGACGAGAAGCUACCACGAAGCUCGAGCCAUGUUUUGGAUAUGAACCGGAAGGUCGCCAGAAAGAUGGUCAAGACAUUUUCUGAUGACGGAGCCCUUACCGUCCCUAUUAUCCCAACUUUUGGCAACAACGAUUUUCUGCCGCACAACAUUUUCUAUCCCGGGCCAAACAAGUGGCUGCAGGCCUAUAGCAGUAUAUGGCAUCGCUUCAUCCCCGAGGAACAGCGACACUCCUUCGGAUUUGGUGGAUGGUUCGAGGUUGAGGUUAUCCCCAAUCAACUGUCCGUCAUCAGCCUCAACACCAUGUACUUCUUUGAUCGAAAUGCUGGCGUUGACGGAUGCGCAAUUCCGUCGGAGCCUGGUUUCAAGCAUAUGGAGUGGUUGAGUGUUCAACUUCAGCGGUUACGCGAGCGUGGAAUGAAGGCUAUCCUGAUCGGCCAUGUUCCUCCCGCCCGGACAGAGAACAAGCAGAAUUGGGACGAAACUUGCUGGCAAAAAUACACUCUCUGGCUGAAGCAGUUCCGCGAUGUUGUUACUGGCUCCCUUUACGGCCAUAUGAACAUUGACCACUUCCUGUUCCAGGACACCAAAGACAUUGACCUGAGCCUUUAUGACAAAGCAGGGACUACCCGAGAACCCACGGAUGACGACUUUUCCGUCGAAUCAAAGAGCGACUACUUAAUAGAUCUCAGAAAGUCCUGGUCUAACUUGCCAGGCUCAGCUGCAAAGGCACUAGAAGAAGAUCCAGAUCUAGACGCCGAGGAUGAACUUGAGACGCAAGACGAAGAUGCCGACGAGUUGAGGAAUAGAAAGAAGAACAAGAAGGGAAAGAAGGGUAAAAAGAAGAAGGGCCACGGCAAGAUCGGAGGCAAAUACGGAGAACGAUAUCAGGUAUCUCUUGUUAGCCCCAGCGUCGUCCCCAAUUACUUCCCGACUAUUCGCAUAAUCGAGUACAAUAUUACCGGCCUGGAGGAUGCGCCAGUCUGGACAGACUCAUUCGACAUCAACUCAAAAGUUGCCGAAGAGCUUCCCGACUUUUCCGAGGAUGAGGAAGCCCACCAGGAACUCAAGAGAGACCUCGAAGCUGAGCGAAGGAAGAAGGGCAGAAAAGGCAAGAAGGGGAGGAAGGGGAGGAAGGGAAGAAAGGGCAAGAAGAAGCCCAAGAACCCUGAACUCGUGAUCCCACCAGCUCCCCCAAAGGGAUCACCUCCCGGCCCCGCAUACGCUCGCCAGACAUUCACCUUCAUGGGAUACACACAAUACUUUGCCAACCUCACCUAUAUCAACAAUGAUCUUACCGACUUGUCUGAGACAAGCAAGUGGCGUGACGGCGAUUUCAGUGAUGAAGUACCCAACCACGAUAAGCCACAGCCCAAGAAGUUCAGAUAUGAGGUUGAAUACAGCACUUUUACCGACAAGAUCUUCAAGCUGCCCGACUUGACAGUUCGAAGCUACCUCAGGCUAGCGGCUAGAAUCGCUAAGAGGAAGACGAAGAAGGGCAAGGGCAAGGCAGCUAAAGAGUACAAUGAGGAUUUCGAAGACGAGCCAGACUCAGAUUCAGACGACGACACUGAACUUCCAGAACCUGAAGAGGGUGACUCUGGUAUCGACUUCAGCGCUACUAGGGGCAAGAAAGGGAAGAACAAGAGAAGGAAGACCAACAAGGUUUGGAAGCAUUUCCUCCAAGAAGCAUUCGUCAACACUAUACCCGAGAAGCAACUCAAGAAGUGGUCACGGAGAUGAUCCGAGAUAUGUAGUACAGGAUAGCGACUGACUUGAAAACUUUAUGAUUGGCAUUUUAGCGAUGAGAUGGAUGGAACAGGCAUAUAUGGCGUUAAUGGCGCAUAGAGAGCAUAAUUGUUAGAAUAACUAAAGGUACAAGAUCCUAUGACUACACUGUCGUUUUCUCACAACAUUUUGAUUCAAAAAUCAUUCACAUUUCUUGCCCAAAGGCUCCCUUUGCCGGGGACAUUAAGAAACAUGGGGUA